UCUAACUGUGCACCUAAGUACAGCCAUUUGUUACAAGCUAUAGUAUACAACUUGACCUCCAAUAGUGCCAUCUCUGAAGCAGAUAUUACAUCACAUCAGAGCCAAAGAUUGAUAGAUGACGUUUAGGCAACACGUACAGAUACGGAACGAAUACACCACAAGUGUACAACAGUGCUAAGUUGACAUCUUGUAGAAUAAUCUACAUAAUGUCACAAAAAAACUAUAGAAUGUCAAAUAUACCGACAUAAUGUCACUUUUUCCCCUUUUUGUCUUAAAUACAUACUUCGCUUGAAAAUAAACAGCCGUCAACGAUCAAUAUGUUCUGAAUUCUUAAACAAAUCAUUCAAACGAGUCGUUGACACAGCUUUGCGAACUGAAUCUACCAAUAGCUUUCUUGAAUCUACCUUUCCGUGGAUAUAACUGUCAUGUGUCAAUUCUGACGUUUUCCUGUUUCAAGUUUAAAGUAAAUAUAAACGUCAUUUUCCCCAAAUCAAAUAACGGUUGAAAAAGAAAAAAGAUUGUUUUGGAUUCCUUGUAUUUGGCUUUGGUAGUUUACUUUUUGUUGUGUUUUUUAGUACAAGUGUACCGUGCCAGCGUAUCUAUUCAGUUCUUCAACGGAUUGAAGGUAUUAAAGUUUCAGCAAUAGGAUAUUUCCAAAAAUGCCAAGAACCAAAGUAACUAGGAAGAAGGUGUUUCCUAAACAAGAACCUGGCGAACCAGAAAAUGUAUCCAGAGGCAGAAUCACAAAGGAACUUAAAGAAAGAUGUAGACAGUAUGAUCUCAACAAAAUUAACGACUUUUACGAUAGAAUGCUAACUAAAAUCGAGGAAAACUGCAUGACAAGGAUCUUGAAAAUACCUCAGAAAUUCAGGAACGUGACCAUUGAGGAUAUUAGUGAACUACCAUCGUUCAACACUACUGCAGCACCAUCUCUAUUAGAGAGUACAACUCUUCUUUCAACCACGAAACAAACGAAAAAGAGAAGCCUAUCAUGCAAUGAUGAUGGCUACAUGACGUGUGAUAGUGGUGCAUCUUCAGAUGUCCGUCAGUCGCGCAGCAGAGCCAAGAAGAAAGUCGCGGAACCUUCCGCCAGGCCGACACGCUCUUUGUCCAGGACCACAUCGACAAACAGAUUGGGCAAGUUAGGCGCCGGAAAAGAUCCUGUAGUUUGUUCGACGCCAAUGAAUCAGGCGACUAGAAACGAUAUCGGAACAAUCACUCCUAAGUGUAACAUAAAACAACCGCAGUUGAUACUGAGAAGACCGAGAGGUGGCGAGGUGGCCUUCUCUCAAGAAGGCAGUCCGUUGAUGCCUGGUGCCUAUGUGGGCGACAAUUUGGUCAACUUAAACAUCCCCCUGGACGAUGGCAGAGUAAUCAGCCUUCUGCCCGAGAUGGGCACCAUCAGGGACUCCAUCAUACCACAGUUUGACCCGGAAACGUUGCAACAGUUAGAUCGACUACGUAGGAAUUUGGACAAGAUGUGUAAGCUUGGAAGUGGACGUAAAUAGCAGUGUUGUACCAAUGAAUGUAGCAAGCAUGAAUGGUUUUAUGUCCAACGACGAUUGUCUCCGAUUUUUACUAUACUGACAAGUUUUUUGGAUCCUCAUAGCAGUCGCGGUGUCCUGGCUUCAGGCUUCUGCCGGCGCGACUGCUUCGGUAUAAAAAAAUACACUAGCAUAAAUUUUGAUUGCAAGUUUUUUUAAUAAAAUUUUCUGUUUUUCAGUA